GAUGAGAUAAGAGCUAACUUUUGAAAACGUUGUUAUACUAAUUAAUAAAUUUCAGUGUAUAUAAAUUUUUGUGAGGAUUUUUAAUCUACAGAGUUUCUUUUUUACAUCAAAAUGCCCCCAAAGAAAAAAGCAGGCAAAAGUGGCAAAGGAGGGAAAGCUGGAGGAGGAAUAAUUGAUGGAGUAUCAAUGACUGAGAUGUCUCGAGAGCAGUUAGAAGCUUUUGCCCUGAGAAUACGAGAUGAAUUGGAAAGAGAGAGAGAGGAGAGAAAUUUCUUCCAACUGGAAAGAGACAGACUGUACACUUUCUGGGAGAUCACGCGCGGGCAACAACUGGAAGAGAACAAGGCAGAGCUCUGUAACAAAGACAGAGCGAUUGAGGAAGCAGCAGAAAAACAUGAUAUGGAAAUCAAAAUAUACAAACAAAAAGUUAAACAUUUAAUGUAUGACCAUCACAGCCAUCUUGCAGAGUUGAAAGCGAACAACAUGGUCACUUUGAAAAUGGCAGAAAAUGACUAUUGUGAACAAGAACUGGAGCUGGAAAAAGACAAGAAGGCCCUCAAAGCCCAACUUAUUGAGAUGGGUCUCACCCACGAGGAAGAGAUCAAAGCAUUGAGAUUGGAACACAGUUCUGAGCUGAGUGAACUGAGGAACAAAUUCUCCGCUGAGGCAGAAGUACUGGAGGGCAAAAUGGAUGCCAGACUGGCAAGUUUGCGCAAUCAGCUGAGUCUCAAGCACAAACUGGAGUUGGCAGAGGUGGAGGAACGAAAGAACCAGCAGAUCCAACAUCUGGUAAACAAUCACCAGCAAGCCUUCAGCGAGUUGAAAGCCUACUAUAAUGACAUCACAGUUAACAAUCUUGCACUGAUCACCAGUCUUAAGGAGCAGAUGGCUAAAAUGAAAGACAAUGAAGAGCGUAUCGAGAAGAAACUGAAAGAAGUAAGCAACGAGAACAAGAAGCUGGUGCAGCCUCUCAAAGAAGCUCGGGAGCAAGUGACAGAUCUACAGAGACAACUCACCAACUAUAACAAGGACAAGACAUCCCUUUCUAACAUGAAGAAACAUUUGUCUUACGUAACCAAGCAACUUGAAGAUCUGACGAACGAGUAUGAUGUACUGGAAAUGGCUUUUGAAAAGGUGAAGGAGGAGAGGGAUGACCUACAUGACAAGUUUGUGUCAGCUAUCCUAGAACUCCAGCAGAAGUCCAGCAUGAAAAACGUGUUGCUGGAGAAGAAGCUACAGAUUCUAACCGCAGCUCUAGAACAAAGAGACGUCCAAGUGGCGGAGGUCAUGGCUGCCACUAACAUUGACCCCAAGGCCAUGCAUUCUGUCAAUAAGAAACUGGAGGAACUCUUGGCCACCAAGAACAAUCAAAUCCAAGAACUCCAAACUGGAGGUGGCAAGAGUGAUGAAGAUUCACGAUGA